AUGAAUGCACGUAUCAAUGACAAUAGUUCUGCGAUUACUGGAAAUGUUACUGGAGUAUCAGCUAGUUCAACACCAUCAUCAUCUGUUCUAAUUAACGAUAGUCCACGAAGAAGUGCACGUUUUUCUUCAAGGUCACCACAAGUAACUCCUCGGUCUUUAAAUCAAUCAAGUAUCCAUCGAGUUCUAUCUGGUGGAGUAGUCCGCUCACCGAAACUCAGCGCAAGAAGAAGUACACACGCUGAUGAUUCUUCAAACGCUGCUUCACAAAUAAUCGUCAACGAUAAUGUUACUACUUCUGAUAACAGUGACAUUUCCGAUUUACAUUUACCACUUGAUCAAUCAGAUGAUGAAGAGAUGCAACACGACAGCAAUCAGUGUACAACGGUUUUGACAAAAUCAUCGAGUCUUGCCAAACGAUCACAAAUUUUAUCGUAUUUUGACGAACAAAUUAAUGGUUUUAAAUGCAAAAUUUGCAAUAAAGUUUACAAGGCUACCAAGCUUAGUGAUUCGAAUCUUAGAAAGCAUUUAUCUUCAUCAUGUCAUAAAAUUCCGAACGUUUUAUUCAAAUCUCAAACUUAUGAUAAUUCAAAACCUAAUUUAACUACAAUAUCUUCUGAACGUAGAAAAGAUUUAAAUGAUUCCAUUAUCGAUGCUGUUGUUCAAGAUGGUCUUGCCUUCGAUACGUUCAGGCGGCCUGGAAUGGCUAAAUUUUUGUCUGUUGCCAUUCCAGGUUAUGUGGCGCCUCAUCGAAAAACUAUUCGUAGGCGAAUAGCUACAUUAUAUUCUCUCCAUACGAAAAAACUUCGUGAUUUAGUACCUCGACUUGGCUUUUUAUCGUUAACAUCGGAUAUAUGGAAAAAUUCACGACAAGUACAUUUUAUUGCCCUUACUGCUCAUGCAUUUACCAGUAAUUAUGAACAUGUGCCAAUAGUAAUCGGUUGUAGACGAAUACUUGGACAACAUACAUCAGUUUCAAUCGAACGUUAUAUUAAAUAUGAACUUGAUCGUAUUGGCAUAAAACCAAGUCAAGUUGUCAGCAUCACUACCGACAACGGUAGUAAUAUUAAAAAAGUUGCAGCAACACUUAAAUUUGGUGCUCCAAUCAGCUGUAUGGCACAUAAUCUAAACUUGGUAGUGCAUAAAGGCCUUUGCCUCUGGAUUCAACCAAAAGCAGAAGAUUUUCCACUUGAUCUUGAACUUAGUUCAAAUGAAUGGGAAGAUCUUGAUCGAGAAUCAGACAGCUUAGAUGAUAUAGCUGAAUGUGAUCAAUGUUCCAUUGAAGCUGCUUCUGAUUUAGUAAGUGAAGAAGAAGAAGUAGAAAAAGCAGAACGUGAUUUAGCUUAUAAUGAUGAUGAUGAUGAUGAUGAUGAUAACGAUGUGGAUAAAGAAGUCAACACCGAAUCAGAUGCUGAAGAUGAUAUUGAACUUGAAUUUGCUUCGCUUCAAUUAAAUAAUAACAAUUCGUCGUCGAUAAAUCAUUUCGAAUUACUUAAAAAUGUUUUUGAACUGAUGAAAAAGUCAAGAUUAAUCAUUAAAUUUAUGCGUAAUCAUACUAUUACUAAUGAAUACAUUCAAAAAUAUAUGAUCUCAAGAAGUGAUGGUAAAAAAACUGGUAUACUUAUUUUAGAUAUGAUUAUCCGUUGGAAUAGCUCAUUCCUUUUAAUUGAUCGAUUGAUUAAUCACAAAGAUGUUUUAAAUAGUAUGUUUGCGUUUCCAAACAAUAUUACCGGAUUAACUGAACAACAAAUUAAAAAAUUAAAGGAUUUGAUUCUUAAUCAACACGAAUGGAAUUUGUUAAAUUGUUUAAAAAAUGUUUUGAAACCAUUUCUUCAAACUACAACGGCUCUUUCAGGUCAAAAAUAUCCAACAAUGGCGUUAUCAUUUUAUGUUUUUCGCCUUUUAUCACAUUUUCUCGAAUCCACUUCCGACGACGAUUCCAUUACUAUUGCUUUAAAAGAAAGUCUUCUUUAUUGGUUUAAUGUUCAAUGCAAAGCUAAAUUACCUUCUGGACAAUUCGAAAUCAUGAUGGUCGCAGCAUUUUUAGAUCCUUCUAUUUACCGAGUAAUUAGUGAUACUGAUCGUAAAGCAGCAAAGAAAAUCAUUUUCAAAAAGCUUGAGAAGUCAAAUAUUAACCAUCUUACUUCAUUAUCAUCAUCAACAACAACAACGACGACAAUCAGAGCUUCAAAAUUAAGUCCACUUGAAAAAUUGGCAGCUGUGUGUGGUCAUACAAUAUCGUCCACAACAGUAACCGAAAAACUUAUGACUUUGGAUGAAGAAAUAAGUAGUUACAUUAAAGAAGCACUGUCUGCAGAUGAUUUUCAAGAAUUUUGGACUUCUUACUGUACAAAAUUACCACGUUUAUCUAGCCUAGUACGACGUAUAAAUGUUAUUCCAGCCACGUCCGUUACUAGUGAAGCUCUAUUUAGUGUGGCUAGUUUUCUUCAUCGAAAGCAACGUGCAUCACUCUCCUCUCGAACACUUCGCUAUUUACUUGUGUUGAAAAAUCGACAAGUUCUUGAAAAAUUCGAGUAG